GCUCUAGCGAUGUUCGUGGAGGCUGGCGACGAGGUCUUGGAGACCCUUUGGGCGGAGCUGCCUGAAGCGAAGAGCUCUUUGGAAGAGCUUCUGCGUGGUCAUCGCCAGAAGAUGUCCGAGCAUGGGAAGAACACCGUGGCCUACGCGAGGUGCAGGGAAGUUGCGGACCGCUUCAUUGGUUGGGCCCAGUCCAAAGGUUAUGACCAACCGGACGACGCCUUUCCGAUGCUUUCGGAGUUGUCGCAGGCUCAGGUUCUCGAUGAAGCCCUCGGGCUGAGCAGAAUCGACACGGAGGAGCUGCGCGUGAAAGGCUGGGGGAAGAUUCUUGAAGCCGCCAUCGGCCAUGCCUUUGCAUUGGCCAAAAAGGAGAAAGAUCCGAAGAGGAGGAGAGGCUUUGUGAAGCAAUGGCACGGCUGCUGGCAUUUCGAUGCAGCAUGGGAUGUUCUCUUGAAAGAAGGCCUUUUGGAUGAGCUGAUCGUUCGCGCUGAUGCUCUGAAGAAGGGAGACCUGGGAGAAAGCCCUGGACUGCUUGGGCCGGCAUCUUUGUGCUCACUUUCGGGUGACCAUCGAAUGGCAGCAAGGUUCAUGAAAGAACAGCUUACAUGCAUCGAUGGCAAGAAGUUGGAUGACAAAGUUCUGAAUCUUUGGAAGGCUUGCUUGAAACAGGAGCAGUGGCUUCUCCAAAUCCCACCGGAAGGCUGUUGGGGCUGGAUUGCAGGCAGCUAUUGGGAGAAAUCCAUGGGAGAGCGCUGUGCAGACACCAGGAAUUAUCCGUCCGGCUGCAGCCCGCUCAUUGCUGCGAAAGCUUUCCAAAGGAUGGAUGCCCAGAAAAGGGAAAUCGAUAUGGGCCUGCAGAUUGCAAGCAGCCUCUUCAGAAUGCUCAAAACGUUUAGGUCAGAAUGGUACACCGAAGAAAAACCUCCAAAGGUUCGCUGGCAUCUUCCACAGAAUCGCAACCAGCUUGCAGGAAUUCUUUGGAUUGAGCACCAGAUUCCAAGCUUGAGAUGUCCAUGGCUGUUCUUGCCGAAAGACUUGCGACUGGAUUUCUUGGACGGGGACGGGGGCUGGCGGCUGGACCUGCGUUGUCCCGUUGAAUGUGCACUGGUCCCAGCUUCCUUGGGGUGCCCGGCCAGUUCCAGCCGCCCUGGCUGGUGGCAGGUAUUGGGACUGGAGGAGGUCCGAAUUGAGGCGCUGCAGGACUUUCUGCAUGGAUCGCUGGCGCGCACCCUGUCCACGCACCUGGGAUUGCUCUCCAGCCUCAGCACCGGCCACGAGAGGGCACAGGUGGUGAGCCUCUACCGAGAGCUCCUGGAGCUGCAUCAGCCCCGGCUCAACCCAGAGUACCGCACGAAAGAAGUGGAGGAUUCCAUGUUUGCCCAGCUUCGACGGCUCUACGAUGAUGAGCUUCAGAACGAUCUCCAGUGGAAAUCCGCUUCCCGGCUGGCCCACAACUUCAAAAAGGAAUUCAAGGCUCUGGCGCUGCAACUCGUGAAGGAGAGGCCUCGGCCAGGCGACACGGAGCGCUGGGCGCGCAUCUUUCGCAUGCUUGCGCUGAGCAAUUGCAAGCCCAAGUGCAAGAUUGAGGACUGGGACAUCCCAGAGAUCCGGCCCCAGUUGUGGCACCAUUGCCCCAAGCUUUCGGAGUCUGAUCGGAAAUGUAUCCUGCAGGCCCUGGAAACGGCGCUUUGUUGCGACCGCCUCGUGGCACGCUGCCUGAUGCGGCUGGGCUGGCUGCAGGAGCUUGUCCAUUUCUGGCAGCAGCACGGGCGCUCUGACUUCGCAGCCGCUGUUCUCGCCAUCAGUGGGCGGCCGGCCAGUGAGGUGGUGCAAGCGUUGAAGGAUUGCCAGGCUGAAAGCCCACUGUCUCAGCACGACGACCUCAGCCAAUGGAUUUGGGAGAAACAGCUCCAGGCCGGGAUCCGUCCAGAGACGGAGGACCCCAUUUGGCAGCUAGCCUUUGCCUUGGACUGCGGGGAUUCCGCAGUGCAACAGCUGGCUUGCCAGGCGGUUCCUUUGGAAGAAGCAGACAACCAAGGUCUCACGGAUGCGGAUCUGCGCUGGUUGCGAGGCUGUCAGCUCAUGGCAGAGAGCCUGCCACGUCUGGAAACAGGUCUUGGGCCAGAAGUCCUCCAAGCAGGCUGCAGGAGAAUCGCCAAAGCAGCACACAUCCUGCAGAAGUCCAAGCCCCCCAAGAGUUGCCCACAUGAAGAGCAAGGUGCAACUCUUGCUCCUUACCUCUGUCUCCUGCAGAAGUGCUACGCCACUUUCCAUCCAGCUACCUUGGAGAGGAAGUAUUUGGCGACAUUCUUCGCUGACAUCACCUUCACGCUUGACAAAGGGCUUCAUGCUCAAGGCCAACGGUUCCAGGAGUGUCAUGGCUUGUGGCAUUUGGAACUUCCAGAGCUGCAGCGGGAAGUGACCGAGUCGCUCUCCUGGGUUUUUGCAGCCCUUCAGAAAGCGCUGCUGGAGAUUGCUGGCCACAACCUGCAGCUCUGCUGCUGGUCGCACUGUAGGUCCAGCCGCUUCCCCUGGCAAUCCGAAAAUGUCCACAGCUUGAGGCAGAGUGCAGCCGCACAAAUCUACUGCCAGCUCCGAAAUGGCUGGGAUGGAGCCAGAUCAUUCCGGGAGUGGUUCCGGGAGUCUGUGACCCAACUUCUGGAGGGCGACGUCACAAGCUUGAAGAGCGACUUCGAAUGUCUUGCCCAGGCUUCAAGAUCUCGUGGAGGUCCUUUGCAGCGUGAACUACUGGAUUCCACUGGCGAUUAUGUCCGGUUGAUGCUCACGGCUGACCGGACUGCCAAUCUCCUUUCGCAAGUGGAAAGGAGGACGGGUGAUAUCAGCAAAAGCGUUAGAGAAUGCUGGACUGCCACGGGGCGGGACGAAGUCGCUAUGGUUGACAUACUGAGCAAGAAUGCUCAGGGCAAUGCGAUUCGCUCGUUGGUUGUGUUCUUGCCAGACUACUUGGAGUUUCUGAACAAGCCAAUCCUCGACGCCCUCCCUCUUCUUUUCCAGGAUUGCGACUCAAGAGCGACGCUGCGACUUCAGGACCAGACUCGGGCGGAGUUGGCCGAGCAAGCUGGUGAAAUGAACGCUCGCAGUUUGAUCCAGCUUCACCUGCUGUCAGAGUUUGGAGACAAAGUCACCCGACGUUGGUUGCAGCGCAGCCUCCACAACCUCAACUCCAUGAACCUCUUGGGGCCAGACAGCCGCGGGAUGUCCUGGCGGGAUGCACAGGAGGCCUUGGGAUGCGGAGCCUUCACAGUUGCGGACCUCCUGCUGAGGGCGUCUUCUUUCAGAAGCCACUUGCAGCAGCUGGUGAAGGAGAACCUCAGCAGCCAGCCCGCCGUGGCCAUCCCUUUGCUCGAGCUAACAGAGCCUAAGUCUGAGGACUUCCGGAAGCUGCUGAGGCAAUUCUGCGAUGCUGCCAGGGCAUGCAGAGCUGAGUUCGAGGUGCUCUCCGGUGCUCUGGCCCAUGCGAACCCCAAGCUGCUCCAAGAUCUGCGGAUUCCUUGGGAGGCGAUGUGCCAGAAUGAGCACAGCGGGCCGCUGUGCUUUCGAGCACUCAUGGCAGCUGCGCUGGACUAUGCAGCGAUCCGAGCAAGGCUGGCGUGGCGAGUGGAUUUCAAGGAGCUCGUUGGGGCAGGGCAGGAGGCUUCUACUGCCCAGCUUUUUUUGGCGAGUCAGCUGCUGCAAGAUUUGCGAUCCAGCAGCUUUGAUCGGGAUUGGACGGGCUUGGAAACCCACAAGGGUGCAGUGGACAUGCACCACUUGCUGCGCUGCUUCGCGGAACUCCAGGCUGAGCUCCCACGAUGGGAGCAACACGAGGCGAUGCAAGGAUUCAUCAGUAUGCUGCGGUCUUGCGACCUAAGGAAAGCUUGUCAAACGAUCAAGGCAUUUGCUGAGAGCAGUUUGCUGCUCCUUGCAGACGAGAUGCUGAAGCAGCAGCAGAAGCAGCAGCAGCAGCAGCAGCAGCAGCAGCAGCAGGAGCAGGUUCGGAGAGGUUCUGUCGGGGCCAUGCCAGACAAGUCACGCGGCGAUGCUGAAGCCUUCAACCGAAGAGGGCUUCAGCUUGUUGUUGCGGUUUACUGUGUGGAUUGCAACGGCGACCGCGACCGCGCUUGGAAACUUGUGGAGAAGGUGGUGGACUUUGUUCGAGGCCAGUGGGAGAAGAAGAAGCUUCAGAUGAAAGAGAAGGAGCUGUGCAAGAGGGUAGAUGCUACCCUCUGGGCUUGUAAGCGGCAUGCUCGGCAGUUCCUUGACAACACAACCCUCGUAGCAGCCAUGGGUCCGCAGAGACACCCGUGGUGGAGAUUUUAAUUUGUCCAAAGCGAUGCUCUUCUUAUUAUGAGCAGCGGUCUAUGCUCC